AUGGCACCUCCUCUGCGCCUGAAUGCAGUUGCGUUUAUAUCACCCCAAAACCACCCAAUUCUCAUCCGUACAUUCGAAAAAGGGGACCAGCUGAAGUACCAUUAUGUAGCCCACACAAGCCUCGAUGUCAUCGAGGAACGAACAAAUGGUCCAACAAAAUCUAACGAAUGCUACCUCGGCCUUCUCUACGCAAUGGAUGACAUAGCUGCUUAUGGGUACAUCACACCUCUCAAAAUGAAGAUUGUCCUCGCCCUCCCGCUCACAGACUCUGUUGUGCGUGAUGCGGAAGUGGUUAUGACCUUCAAAGCCCUCCACUUAGCCUACUAUCACGCCUCCUCGAACCCCUUCCUCCGACUUCACGAUACACCUGCGGGCGUGGGGAGCGCUAAGUGGAAGCGCUUCAGGCAGAAAGUGGAUGAGAUAGGUAGGGCUGUCGGCGGCGGGAGUGUGCCUUCAUGA